UAUUCGCAGCAUAUACUAUUACUAUUAUUCGCAUCGCAGUGAUGUGAAACGCAGCUUUUGCAAGAAACAGCACAAAACGAAAUUCGUAAGUAUAUAAGUAAAUAGUAUCAGUGAGAGAGAAAAGGAAAAAAAAGAAAAGAAAAGAAUCAUCCGACAAACAGAGAAAACAGGCCGUAUAACAGGCAUCGAUACGCUCAACUGUUUCCCAAAUACCCUACCUAUACCGCAAAACAGAAGUGUUUAUCGAACGAAUCUGUCGUGUGUGUAUAGUCAGUAUAUUGUGUUGUGCGCUGUGCAGUACUGCUUUGUCCCUUGUCAUCUCCAGAGUGUUUCACGAUUGCGUUCAGAGCUGCAUCGAAGACAGAUAUCAGUAGUUCUUUUACGGCUUGUGUCUCUUUCACCCAAAUAAAGAAAUCGAAUCGUCCUGACCUAAGGACUUCUAUAAAUAAUGGCUGUGAAGGAAAAGCAGUCUGGGUCUUCGGAGGAGAUCGAAUGGAACGUCGAGAAUGAGAUUCAACUGUUUUUCGCCAUGAACGGCCACAAACCUGUUGGUGUAAACAAGUAUUUUCAAAUGGUUUGUAUUUGGGAAAAGUUUCGAGCUGCCAUUAACAAAGACGUAUCAUUAAAGGCCAUUUGGGAUCAUCUCAAGACCAUGUACGACCUGAUGACUUUGGAUGACAUGGAAGAUGUACCUUUUCCCAGUAAUGAGACUGACUUUACUCUACCAGAGAGUGAGUUUUCAGAACUUAUGAAGUCCAGGAGAAAAGAAGAGACUGAAGUCAAGCCAAAAGAGAUCAAGGAAAAGACUAAGGAAGUCAAAAAAGAGAAAGAAGUAAAAGAGCCUGCCAAGAAGGAAAUUGUUCUUCGAGAAACCAAAGCUGUCAAAGAAUCAGAGAGAAAGAAGGAGGACGUGAAAAAAGUUACAAAAGAGCCAGAAGCCAAGAAAGAGACUAAACAGCGUGAGGCAAAAGAAGUUAAAAAGGAACAGAAAACUACCAAAGGACGACUUAAGGGAAAAGAAGAAAUUGAAGAUAUUGGUCCACCAACGAAAAAAGAACGCAAGGAUUCCGAGUCAAGCCGCGAAAGUUUGAAAAGACCACCAAAGCGGUCAACAAGGCAAAGCACAGAUAGUUCUUCCAAAGCUUCUUCAAGUCCAAGAGAUACUCCACCUUUAAAACGUAGAAGAACCUAACCAAUUUCUUUUUAUAUACAAUCCAGUUUACAAUUUUUAAUAUAAUUUAAGUUUGUUCCUAUAGUUCAUUGAUAAUUUUCGUAAUAAAAGUUGCGCUGUUGCUAUUACUGUGAAUAUUACCAUUAUAUACAUUGUAAAGAUGUAAGCUACACUGUAAAUAAAUAUCAUAAUUUUUAUAAAUAAA